AUGACGGAUGUCUACGAGACAGGCACUGGUAAUGUCCUUGCAAUCGUCGAGGCAUAUACAAGAAACGAAUGUGACCCCAAGUAUAUCGAUUACCUGAAGUACUCUUUCUACACAGGCCAAGUGGAUUGGUACAUGAAGCAUGGGGGGACGAAGUUCGGGUUCAUCUCAACCUACGAACAAACGAUACUCAUUAAGCAGGAUCUUUUACAACAAACGGAAUUUUUUACGAUGAAAAGCAACCAUCAUGUCGAACAACAACACCACAGAUUUUCGCUACCGAUAUUGGAGUCCAAACUAGGGUCGUCAAUAACCUGCCCUACGUAUACAAGGGUCACAUCUUCAAGGACUAUCAUAUGCUGA